GUUCAAGUGUCUGCCGUUAGAGAAGCUAUUGCUGAAAUCUUAAAGUACUCUAAGGAAGAAAAGCCACGUAAGUUCACUGAAUCCAUUGAACUUCAAAUUGGUCUUAAGAACUACGAUCCACAACGUGAUAAGCGUUUCUCUGGUACUAUUAAGCUUCCAAACGUCCCAAGACCAAAUCUUAAGAUCUGUCUUCUUGGUGAUGCUUACCACAUUGAUCAAGCUAAGGCUAUUGGUCUUCCAUGCAUGUCUGUCGAAGACUUAAAGAAGCUUAACAAGAACAAGAAGCUCGUUAAGAAGCUCGCCAAGAGAUACGAUGCCUUCAUUGCCUCUGAAGCUCUUAUUAAGCAAAUUCCACGUUUAUUAGGUCCAGGUCUUAACAAGGCUGGUAAGUUCCCAACUCCAGUUGCCCACGGUGUCGACCUUAACACUAAGUGUGAUGAAAUCAAGGCUACCAUUAAGUUCCAACUUAAGAAGGUUCUUUGCUUAGGUGUUGCCGUUGGUCACGUUAACAUGACUGAAGAUGAAAUUCUUGCCAACACUAUGUUAGCCAUUAACUUCUUAAUUUCUCUUUUAAAGAAGAACUGGCAAAACGUUCGUUCUCUUUUCAUUAAGAGUACUAUGGGUAAGCCA